AUGCCUAUAGAUUCAGAAGUACAGGCUCAUGUGUACAAGUCUGCGACACAACUGCCGACAAUGAUGAACGGAGCGUUUUUCGAGGACGCUGCCUGCAAGGUGGACGGACUGUCGGCGUCUUGUCUGCAACCCGGACCGCUACACGUGCCGGGUAAGCGGCUGUCGUCGACACCGGUGAUACCGCUACAUGGUUACCGUAGUCCCGGGGUCGUGCAGAAUAUAGAGACGGACGCUACGAUCGUACACAGGCCGCCGCAAGCAUGGAACUACACGACGGCUAGUGACCACGGCGGGCUGGACCCCACGCACUCACAGUUCAAGCAGAAUCUGUGUCGCGACCCCGGCCUAACUAGUGCAUAUUACCCGGCGGCCGAGAUGUCGAGAGAGCGAAAGUCGCUGGACAUCUGGCAUGGCGGUCAUCCGACGUAUAACAUACCGAAUAGUAUGCACGGACACACGGCGACGGGGGCGACGGGCACGGAUGCGUGGAACUCCUUCUCAGGACAAGGAUGGUGUAACUAUCCUUGUCCUGCUAGAUUACCUCCGCACAUGGAGUCUCAGCACCGGCCCUACCUGCACGGGGAGGAUAGACAGUCCGGGUUCGAGUCAUGCCGCACAGCGACCUCUAGUCUCUAUGAUACCACAGGUUACAACCCACUGGAAUGGACUAGCAAUGUAUCGGUGAGGAAGAAACGCAAGCCGUACACCAAGUACCAGACACUCGAACUAGAGAAAGAAUUCUUAUUCAACGCGUAUGUCUCCAAACAGAAACGCUGGGAGCUAGCGCGUACGUUGAAUCUCACCGAGCGACAGGUAAAAAUCUGGUUUCAGAACCGACGAAUGAAGAGCAAGAAGAGCAAUCAGAAAGAAACGGAGAAGCAGCGACAGCAUCAGUCGCAGGCGACUCAGCCAGCGAGUAAACUAUAA